ACUAGCAACCGGUCUGUUAUUAUAUAUGAAAUUGAAACAACCUAAAGUUUGUACUAUGCCUUGUAUCUAAUGAGUUAUGACUACUAAGGUACUGAAGCAGCAUGGUCUACAACAUCAGCUAAGAACAAUGCGAUAAGUGUAAAUGGUGCAGGCCUUAUAUCAUCCAUUGCAGAGAAUUUUUGAAAUUGUUAUUAUGAUAUGAUACCAGUGGCAGUGGCUGCAAAGCCCGUGACAAUGUCAAAGUCAAAACUAAUGUACAAGAAGAAUUUACAGCCUUUGCAGGCUAAGAUAUCAACUGAAAAAAAGGUUGAUGUCAUUGCUAUUUCUAAAGAUCUGUAUACUGUACAUGCAGUUAAUAAGAUUCUACUCCACAGUAGUCAAUUUUCCAAAACAAAAAAUAAUAAUGGAACAACUGAAAAGAAAAGUAAUAGGUUCCAGAAAGAACAAUUGUUUGAAAAGAAGUGUCAACAAGCAAAAGAUGCGGAACGUGCUAACCGUCUGAAGUGGCAGGGAAGAUGUGAACCUGAUGAUCGCAGCACUCCAGAGGAGGUGAUCCUUGAACAACAGCAGCAAGACUGGAUCAAACACAAGGCUACACGUUUCCAGAAAAGCAGUUGCAGUUUGGGUAAUGGUACAGUUCGAAUAGUGCAGAGAACAAGACGAGUUCCGCAUGAGUCGCGACAUAUAAAUGUCGAUGAAACAUUUGAUGUGUGCAGUAAUGAUGAAUGGGCACAGCGCCACAGUGCAUUGCAGACGUUUCAGCAAUGUGUCAAACGAGUGAUGCUACAAUUACGUGCGGAACGACGACUGAUACAGAUCCGCCCUCUAGUGACUAGACUAAAAAGUGGAGGCGGCACUGCUGAAAAAGAGAAUAAUGUUCUAUUGUCGGCAGACAACCCCAGUCAACUGGAAGUUAUUGAACUUGAGCAUAUUUUAUCAAGAAAUCAAAUGUUUUCCAUCUUGCCUGAAUUUCCAUUAGAUAGCCUGCCAGGACCAGUAGAUAUUGGCCAAGAAGCUGUAGAUCUAGGGCAUGACUUCGUGCCAAUAAAACUCCCAUCACUGCUCCACGAUCUGGUGUUACCGCAUGCCAUAAAAGUUUCCCAUUUAGAUGUUGGAUGGCGCCCAUCCGAUGUGUCCGGCCUCAAACUGCCCAAUUUCCAGACAGUCACAGCGAAUCCUGGUGAGGAAAGUCUGCCAGCAGAUGCAGAUAGUGAACUGCAAAACCUUCAUCACCUUCAGAGAGAAACUGAUACAAAUUCCAAGAUAAACUUGGAUGAAAUUGCCUUGGAGAAUGUUCCACAAUCUAUGCUUGGUCAGGUUAAACAGCAUCCUCUCCACAUAUUCAAUCCAUUACCAGGAGUUCAGUUCUUCAGUGGGACACGUCCGUUCUGCGUGACAGAUCCAGACUACGCGGCGCGUCCUGUCGACCUCGCCGCCGGCGAGACAAAGGAAGUAAUGUCAUCGUUGGAAACCUGGAAAAGCUUUGAUUCGGUCACGUUCGACACGUUCUCACAUAUUCCUCGGUUGACGAACGUAUAUCUGCCGCAGUGGAGCGAUCCAUAUGACGAGAUGCUGCUUCCAAGGCAUCCUCCUCCACUGCUGUCAGUCACAUCCAAGGAAGUUCGGGAUGCUAGCUUGUCUCAAUGCACUUUGCAGGCAGUAGAUCUCACUUUAGAUACGGUGAGGGGAGAGUUUGCACUGCCCAGCAAAGAAGCCCAGGAGCAGACACCAUUGUGGGGCACCGUUGAAGCUAGGUUAGCAGAGCUGUGUCAGCAUGAUGGUCACAGUCUUGCUGAUGACUAUGCGUUAAUUGAGAGAGCACUGCAUUUGGCACCAGACAAGUGACGCAUGAAUUCGUGCAUUUCAAACCUGUAAAUUAAGUUACUAAUGUUAAAAUAUCAAACAACUAUGCCAGACCUCUACUUAAAUAUUAGCUUAUGGUGCUAGUAGGACUGAAGUCAUGAAGUUCAGUUCUUGUUGGAUAUACACACACGGUGACAGAUCUUUACUGAUAGCUUAUGUUACGAACUGGUAAAACGUCUUAUAAUAUUGUGAAAGGAGGAAAAUUAUU